CAUUCAAACUUCCCAACUCUUAAGCUCCAUUCAACAAACCUUUUAAACUUCAUUCAACUCUUAAACUUCCCAACUAAUAUACGCAUACCGUCGUCUGAUUUCUUUCUGGCUCUGCACCGCCCGAAUGAGAGAUGCGUGUCCCCCGCUCCUCAGCUACGUCCCACUCAGCGGCCUCCUCGCCCGCUGCGGCCGCGCCGGGGACCUCCGCCUCGGCGCCGCGCUCCACGCCGUCGUCGCCAAGAACCCCGCUCACUUCCACCUCUGCCCUAGCCGCGCCGACCUCCGGUACGUGCUCGGCGCAUGGAACUCCCUCGUCGCCAUGUACGCCCGCUGCGGCCGCCGCGGGGACGCCGCCAGGGUGUUCGACGAAAUGCGCGUCUGGGACUCCGUGUCCUGGAACUCGCUCCUCGCCGCCUCCUCCAACUCCGCCUCGGAAGCGCUCGCUUUGCUCAGGCGGAUGCUGCGUGCGGCCCCGGGCGCCGGUGCGUGCGACCACGCCACACUCACCACCGUCCUGUCUGCGUGCGCGCGCGCCGAUGGGGGCGCGGGCGCCGCAUCGCUUGCAGCUGUGCAUGGGCUGGCGGUGUCAUCCGGGCUCCACGCUGGGGUGUCCUUCGGGAAUGCGCUGGUGACCGCCUACUUCCAGUGUGGCUCCCCUGCCUUGGCGAAGCGGGUGUUUGGCGCGAUGGCGGAGAGGAACGUCAUCACGUGGACGGCGAUGGUCUCCGGGAUGGCCCGAGCAGAGAGGUACAGGGAGAGUCUCUCUCUGUUCCGGCAGAUGAGGCUUGCGGUGGACGCCAACAGUGCUACAUACUCAAGCUCCCUGUUGGCUUGUGCUGGAUCUCUUGCAGCCAGAGAAGGGCAGCAGAUUCAUGGGCUUGUCGUCAAGGCAGGGUUUGAGACUGACCUUCAUGUCGAGAGUGAGCUCAUGGACGUGUACUCCAAAUGCGGGUUGAUGGAGGAUGCCCUGAGGGUGUUCCGCUCUUGUCAGGACCCUGAUGAAGUCUUGUUGACUGUGAUUCUUGGUGGAUAUGCUCAAAAUGGACCGGAGGAGAAGGCAUUUAAAUUGUUUGUUGAGAUGGUCAGUGCGGGAGUUGUCAUUGAUGCAAACAUGGUUUCUUCAGUUCUGGGGGCCUUUGGUGCUUCUGCGCCAUUUGCUCUUGGGAAGCAGAUCCAUGCACUGAUCAUCAAGAAAUGCUUUGAAUGGAACACCUAUGUCUGCAAUGGUCUGAUAAAUAUGUAUUCCAAAUGUGGUGAACUACAGGAGUCUAUCAAAGUGUUUGGUGGAAUGCCAAGUAAGAAUGCAAUUUCAUGGAACUCUAUCAUUGCAGCCUUUUCCCGACAUGGCCAUGGUUCCGAGGUUUUUCGGUUGUUUGAGUCCAUGAAAGUGGAUGGUGCCAAGCCCACUGAUGUCACAUUCUUAUCGCUGCUCCAUGGAUGCAGCCAUGUUGGAUCAGCCAAGAAGGGCCUCGAGGUACUGAAUUCUAUGUCAUCACAAUACGGAAUUCAUCCAAGGGUGGAGCAUUAUGCUUGUGUUGUUGACAUGCUUGGCCGAGCCGGUCUGUUAUACGAUGCGAAAGCAUUCAUAGAAGAUGGACCCUUCAAGGACACCACUCUUCUUUGGCAGGCCUUAAUGGGAGCUUGUAGCUUCCACAAGAACUCAGAGGUUGGGAAAUAUUCCGCAGAGAAGUUGCUUCUCUUUGACCCUAACUGCACUGCUGCUUAUGUCUUGUUAUCAAACAUCUACUCAUCUGAGGGCAGAUGGGAUGACAGAGCCAGAAUCAUGAAGAGGAUGAGAGAAAUGGGCUUGAGGAAGGAUACUGGCCAGAGCUGGAUUGAGCUCCACAAGGAGGUCCGAUCUUUUGUUGCCAGGAAAACGUCUCACCAUGAUUCUGCUGGUGUCAAUAAUGUUCUGCAGCGGUUAUCUGCAGCCUCCAGUGAUCAAGAUGGUCUGGUAGAGAGCAAUGCUUCAUGAAAUGUUUGCAUUUCAGUCCCCGUUCCUUGUGUGCAUAUCUGAUUUGCGAUGGGCAUCAUACAUGAUUGUCAGUACUUCAUGGAUUGUUUACUCACAUUCUGUGUUGCUUCACUAUUGGGUGUUUUAGUCCAUGUCUGAGAGAAAUACAAGUGCAAAUGAACUGUCUUCACAAAAGAUUGAAAUGUUGAAGUACAAAGGUGAACUAAGUGAUAUAACAAUUCAGGAUUUCAGGUAGGAGUGCUCUGUCCUGUUGCAACUUAAAAGGUGGCAUUAAGGACCUCUGGGAAAUUAGACCAAAAGGAACAUCACCCCUUAUCGAUUCAACAUGAAUAUUGGGAGUGUAAGAGCUCACUUGCCUAACUCCCCAACCUAUUAGGCCGUGAAGCCGAGUAGCCCACCGCCAAACCAUCCUUGUUUCUGGAUGAAGCUGAGAUCUGUAGUAGAAUGAAGAGAGCAUUGUUGCCAUGUACUUCUGUCAUAUCGGGGGAGAAUGGACAAGCAGACGGAUGUGGAUCAUUGACAUUGAUUGUUGCUCUGUACUCCAUCCCCAGCCCAUUUGCAUAAUGACACUGCCAUUUUUAAUUGCCUUCUGUAAUGUUAAUGACUGCAGAUCUGAUAUCACAAGUCACAACAUUUAAUUCUCUUUCACUUUGUAUUCCUUACUAAUGAGUACCAAGGUCCAAGGCCA